AUGCACAACGCAGCCAGGCCUAAAUCGUCAGACCAGUGGCAGACUGCAGUUUGUGAGCCAGUAAAGUCAGGCUCUCAGGAUAUCGAGGCCGCGUUGCCGCUGAGCUUGGACUGUUACACAACAGGACGGCCAGGGCCGCGAAUCCGUAGACCUGUCAAUGCCCAAACACGCCCUCCCCAGCCCGUCUUUCUCAUCUCUGCUUCAGACUGCAGCCUCGAGCCCAAUGAAGUUCUGGAACGCAUCCGGCGGAUCCACAAGGAAGACGACGUCUGCAAUGAAGCCUUCCUGUCCGACACCCUACUUGUCGCAGAUGCCUGUUCCUCUUCCGAGCAGACCAUGCUGUUGCGCACCGAGUUGGCCGACGAAGUAGUGCUGGGCCAAAAACCUUGGCAUCUCAACUUUGUUUACAACGUAGACACUCCAGCUUCACAGACAAACAUCCCCAGUGGGCCGUACUUCCUCAGGGGAGAAGGGGUAUUUCACGCUUGGAAGAUCCAUACAGAUUCGUCCUCAUGCUUCGAAACUACCGUGCUGCCAACAAAGCAUCGUUAUCGGUUCAAGAAUCUCAAUUCCAUUGGCCCGAACGGUUCCGGAAUGUCUGUCGCUGUUCCCAGUCGACUCUAUUAUUGCCCCUCUCCGGCCAAGCCGCUGGCUGGCGUUAGGAUUGGCAUCAAGGACAACUUCAGGCUCGCUGGUACCAAGAGCGCUGUGGGAAACCGCGCGUUUCUGAACACUUACGACCAGGACGAGGAAACAGCCGCGUUCGUAAAAAGGCUUAUUGAUUUCGGUGCCAUUAUUGUCGGCAAAACCAAGAUGACUGCCUUUGCUAGUGGAGAAAAACCGAUUGACUGGUUUGACUUCCAAUGUCCGUUCAACCCCCGCGGCGACGCCUAUCUUGAACCCGGUGCGAGCUCCACCGGGUCGGCCGCGGCAACCGCCGCAUACCAAUGGGUAGAUAUUUGCAUUGGCACCGACACAAAUGGAAGUGUGAGAGAGCCCGCCGCAAGAUGUGGUGUCUAUGGGAUCAGGUGUUCAACAGGUGGCUGGGGCCCGACCACGGGCUUGUAUCCCUGCUCCCCUGUUUUCGAUACAGUAGGUGCCUUCAGUCGGAGCUUGAGUGACCUCCAGAUCUUUGCCAAAGCCGCACUCAGUUCCACGACAAAACAAUACAAGACAGAACCCGCUCAGCAGAAAAUGGUAGAGAGUUUCGUCGAAAUUCUUGAAAGCUUUCUCGGCGUCAAGAAGACUAGCUUUAGCCUCGCUGAGACAUGGGCUCAGAGCCCACCCGCGGAAGCGGAAGGCAAGUCUCUGGAAGAUUAUGCCUACACGUCUGGAUAUAAUCCGUUUUACUACGACAUCUACCACGAGUACGAUGGCUUCCGGGAGGACCAUCUCAAGAAAUUUGGGACGAAGGCCUACGUCUCACCCAGCAUGCAAUGGAGGUGGGACCGCGGUGCCGAAAUACCCAAACCGGAGGUGGAAAGGUCACACGAGGAGCUGAAGGUCCUUCAUUCUUGGUUCUCCGAAGAAGUCCUUGGCGCGGAUGAGACGUCGGGUUCAACGGCCAUACUCAUUCUGCCUGUCGGGCCAACGCAGCCCGACUAUCGUGAUGUCUACUCCCUGCCCGGCCCAAGACUUGGCAUCGAUGCGCUCAGUCUUGCAUCCUUCAUGAGGAUGCCCCAACUCGUAGUGCCAAUCGGCCAGGUGGACUACGACUCCCGCGUUUCGGGAAGGACAGAAAGCUUUCCCGUAGCUUCUUCCAUUGCUGGUGCAGAGGGAAGCGAUCUAAUGCUCAUUGAUCUCGCGAGGCAGGCAUUGGAACAAGUCGGCUUUCCCACCAAGGUCAGUACUGGGAGAUACGCAUUUGACCCCUGA